UCCCUCUCUCGUCCUGUUGAUUAUCACCCGAUCUUAUGAGUGACCCUCUCGUCCCGCCCCUACUUGGUUCACUAUUCCCUGGGAUGACCAUAGUUGCCUUACUUAUUGAUCAGGCGAAAGCAUAUAAGCAACAUACGUCUGACGGUACGGGAAAUUGUGGAGAGGCCGUGCUCCCAAACGAUCAGGCGUGUCGAUUAAGUUGGUGGAAAUUAGAAGUGGUUAGUGGCCCGGUUCAACGCGCAAUUACCGACUAGUUGCUGGUGAUUAGUCGUUAGCAUGGUCUCUACGGUAUGGGACCUGGUGAGGUGCCCCUUCAGUCGAAGUUUGCUUGAUCAAGUGGGGAAAGUUGUCUGUCACUGUCAGCAACAUUAUGAACAAG